UCCUUACGUCGCCAUGCCACAAAUAUCCACCAAACGCGGUCGACCCCGCAAGUAUGGCUCUAAAGAAGAGAAGGCGAGACAAGACGUUAUCGCGAGGCGUGCUCGACGACGGCUUCAGUCGACAGCAGCUCGGGACAAUACCCGAUUCAAAAUUUACACAACUUCAAUGGUGAAAAAUAAGCGACAACCCAGCAAGCCAAGAAAUAUGCCCACAAUCUCUGGACUAUCUCGACGUUCUCGCAAAUUCUGCUAGCUCGCUGCAGCAACCGGAUACCUCAGAUCAUAGACCCUCCGUGUUUGAGCCUGAAGAAUCUAUUUUUCUCCGUGAAGGUCUUAACACGCCGGCUACAAGGAUUUCUCUUGCGACACGUACCGCAUCAUGCGAAAUCAUCGACACCCAACCGAAUCCGCCGGAACCUAUGAAAGUAGGUAUAGUGUCUUCUUGCGAUGCAUCGCACGAUGCCAGUUUUGCUUCGCUCGAUGACAGUGACACGUACUCAGCGCCAGCCAGUCAACCGGAGUAUGCCAGGUACCGCAAGCGGAUGGGCAGCCGAAGUCUUCGAUGGCGAGGCUGCGGGGGCAUGGCGGGUUGAUUUAUUCCUACUCGGUUGUGGCCUCAGCAAUAAGAGAGCAUUAUAGUUGACAUAUGGGGACAGAAGCGCGCCUUCAUACGUGGGCAAUUCAAGCAUGUCAUACAAGGACCGGAAGGCCAGUAUCCCCUCAAUUUUCGAAAGGCUCCCGCCAGGUCACUCAAGGGAUGUCUGCCCAAUUAAAAUGCAAGAAUUGAG